AUGGCCGAACCAACCGAGGGCGGCUCUGACCCUCAAGUCACCUUCAAGGUGAAGACGUCGGGCGAUAAGCAGCAUACCAUCACCAUGGCCGAGACCGCUACCGUUUCCGAUUUGAAAAAUAAGCUUGCCGGUGCCGAAUUCGAGGAUAUUCCUAUUGACCGACAACGUCUGAUCUACUCUGGCCGUGUCAUGAAGAACGAGGAGCCCUUGAGCACAUAUAAAAUUAAAAAUGGUAACACUGUUCACCUAGUCAAAAGCGCUGCGAGCAACCCGACACCCGCCCCAGCCUCGUCAUCGACAUCCUCUUCUACGCCAUCAGCUCCCCAAAUUCCCACCAAUAUGGCUGCAGGCACAGCAAACAAUCCCUUAGCAGGUCUGACCGGUGCAAGAUACGCCGGCCUGACCAAUCUACCAUCCGCGGAUAUGUUCGGUCCUGACGGCGGAAUGGUCGGUUCCAUGAUGGACGAGGAGCAGCUGGCCAAUAUGCUCAGCAACCCGAACGUCGCUCAACAGAUGAAUGAGAUGAUGAACAACGAUGCCUUCAUUGACAUGAUGAUUCAGUCGAAUCCUAUGUUGCGAAACAACCCCAACGCUCGCGAGAUUGUGCGGUCUCCGCUUUUCCGCCAUAUGAUGACCAACCCUGACGCUUUACGAGGAGCCGCACGAUUACAACGAGCAAUGGGAGGUCGCCAAGCUGCUCAGAAUGCCUUUCCCAUGCCUGGUGUAACUGACACCACUCCUGGCGAUCUAUCUUCUAGUGGUGCAUCGGAUAACGCUAACAGUAGUCCUGGUAAUAACCAGAAUGCUGGUGGCCAGUACAACCCGUUCGACCCAGCCUCCUGGAGCAACAUUCAAGUUCCAGGUGCCGGUGGUGGUGGUGGUGGUGCCGCUAAUCCUUUCGGCGCUUUCUUUAACCCAUUCGCAGCGGGUCAGCCAGCUCAAGGAGCAACUAGCCCAGGGGCAACCCAGGCGACAGGUGGCGCACAAACCGAAAGUGGUAACACCAGUACUGACCGGGGUCAAGGAACCAGCACGGAAAACCCCUCAGGUCAGCCUCCCAACCCUUUCGCUAGUCUCUUUGGUGGAAGCGGUGCCUUUCCGGGAAUGGGCGCUGGUGCCGGUGCUGGAACCGGUGUAGGUGCAGGCGCGGGCGCGGGCGCGGGCGCAAACCCUUUGGGCAACUUACCCCCUGUGACCCCCGAGCUUUUACAGCAGAUGGUCCAAGUUCUAGGUAUGGGGUCGCCGUCAGGAUCACCUGCUCCACCAGACAACCGACCUCCCGAGGAACGCUACGCGGAACAAUUGAGACAACUAAACGACAUGGGUUUCUAUGACUUCGACAGAAACGUAGCCGCCUUGCGACGAAGCGGUGGGAGCGUACAAGGCGCCAUUGAGCAUCUAUUAAACUCUUAA